UUGCGGGACGCCGUAGCACCUCUCCCGCCCCUGCUCAGCGCCGGGCGAACAUGGCGGCCUCCGAGUCCGCGGGGGCUCUGAGUUCAGGCUCGGCAGAGGGCGAGGAGGAGACGAUUCUGUACGAUUUGCUGGUCAACACCGAAUGGCCACCGGAGACAGAAGUCCAGCCUAGAGGCAACCGAAAUCAUGGUGCAUCGUUUUUCAUCACAAAAGCAAUUAGAGAUCAUUUGUUGUUUUUACGCCAAUACAUCUGGUACAGCCCUGCACCUUUCUUGCUCCCUGAUGGACUGGUUCGCUUGAUUAAUAAACAGAUAAACUGGCAUUUAGUACUUGCAAGCAAUGGAAAGCUUUUGGCCGCUGUUCAAGACCAGUGUGUGGAGAUCAGGUCUGCAAAAGAUGAUUUUACAUCUGUUAUUGGGAAAUGUCAAGUUCCGAAAGACCCGAAACCCCAGUGGCGACGUGUAGCAUGGAGUUACGAUUGUACCCUGCUGGCUUAUGCUGAAAGCACAGGAACGGUGCGGGUGUUUGAUCUCGUGGGAAGCGAGCUCUUCGUCAUCUGCCCGGCAUCUAGUUUUGUAGGUGAUUUGAGCUAUGCCAUUGCUGGGUUAAUAUUUUUAGAAUACAAAGCAAGUGCACAGUGGUCUGCAGAACUCUUGGUCAUCAAUUACCGAGGAGAGCUUAGAAGUUACCUUGUAAGUGUUGGAACACAUCAGAGCUACCAAGAGAGUCACAGUUUCAGUUUCAGUAGUCAUUAUCCUUGUGGAAUCAACACAGCUAUUUACCAUCCUGGUCACAGACUUUUACUAGUUGGUGGAUGUGAAACUCCUGGAGUAGGAAUUUCCAAAGCUGCUAGCUGUGGCCUUUCUGCCUGGAGAGUUCUUUCAGGGUCACCUUAUUAUAAGCAGAUUACUAAUGGUGGUGACAAGGUGACCACGGUGCCGAAGACACUCGGAUUAUUAAGGCUGUUAGGUACUAAGCUAUACAGUCGCCAGGGACAAGAACAGGAUGGAAUCUUUAAGAUGAGCCUGUCUCCAGAUGGGAGCCUUCUUGCCGCCAUUCACUUCUCUGGGAAACUGAGCAUCUGGGCCAUCCCAUCUCUGAAGCAACAGGGAGAGUGGAGUCAACAUGAGCAGCCAGGCUAUGAUGGACUCAAUCCUGACUGGAGGCUCUCUACUGAGAAAAGAAAAAAAGUAAAAGAUAAAGAGUCCUUUUACCCACUGAUAGAUGUCAACUGGUGGGCAGAUGGUGCAGUUACUUUGGCUCGAUGCUCUGGUGCUUUGACUGUUUCAUCUGUGAAAACUCUGAAGAAUUUACUAGGAAAAUCCUGUGAAUGGUUUGAACCAUCACCUCAAGUUACUGCUACCCAUGAUGGGGGAUUUUUAAGUUUGGAGUGUGAGAUUAAACUCGCCCCUAAACGGUCUCGCUUGGAGGUUCGGUCGGGAGAAGAAGAUGAGGGAGAAGAGGAUUCUGAUUCCGAUCAUGAAAUCUCUGCCAAGGCUCGCUACUUCGGCUACAUCAAACAGGGGCUUUACUUGGUGACUGAAAUGGAGCGAUUUGCACCCCCACGGAAGCGCCCACGAACCAUUACUAAAAAUUACCGUCUUGUGAGUUUGCGCUCCACGACUCCAGAAGAGCUUUAUCAGAGGAAGAUUGAAAGUGAAGAGUAUGAGGAAGCCUUGUCUUUGGCUCAUACCUAUGGCCUGGAUACUGAUCUCGUCUACCAGAGGCAGUGGAGGAAAUCAGCAGUCAACAUUGCUUCAAUUCAGAAUUAUUUGAGUAAAAUAAAGAAGCGGUCCUGGGUUCUCCACGAAUGCCUGGAAAGAGUUCCUGAGAAUGUGGAUGCUGCAAAAGAACUGCUUCAGUAUGGGCUGAAGGGCACAGACCUGGAGGCUCUGAUAGCAAUAGGGAAAGGAACAGAUGAUGGCAGAUUUACAUUACCUGGUGAAGUGGACAUUGAGAAUAUCUCCUAUGAGGAGCUUUCGCCGUCUGAGGAGGAGCCGGCCAAGAACAAAAAGGAAAAGGAGCUCAAGAAGAGACGGGAGCUGCUUCAGUUAGUGAACUUUGCAAAGUUGACACUGGAACAAAAGGAACUUUGUCGUUGUAGACUGAAAUUAUUAACCUACUUAGACCGACUUGCAACAUAUGAGGAAAUCCUGGGCGUGCCUCCUGCUUCUGAGCAGAGAUAUGAUGCGGAAUUCUUUAAGAAAUUCAGAAAUCAAAAUAUUGUUCUCUCAGCAAGAACUUAUGCUCGGGAAAGUAAUGUUCAAGCACUGGAAAUUCUGUUUACUUACCAUGGCUCUGACCUUCUUCCUCAUCGCCUUGCGAUUCUCUCCAACUUUCCAGAGACCACAUCACCACAUGAGUAUUCUGUUUUGCUACCGGAAGCUUGUUUUAAUGGUGAUUCCUUGAUGAUCAUUCCUUGGCAUGAACGUAGACACCGAGCUAAAGAUUGGUGUGAGGAGCUGGAGUGCAGAAUGGUUGUUGAGCCAAGUCGCCAAGAUGAAAGUGAAUUCUUAUAUGCUGCACAGCCUGCCUUGCUGAGCUACAGGACAGCCCCGCUUGCAGUCGAGAGCGUCAUGGACUGGUACCAGGCCAGGGCAGAGGAGGUAGAGCAUUAUGCCGGCCAGGUUGACUGCGCACUGUCACUUAUUCGACUCGGAAUGGAGCGGAAUAUUCCUGGCUUGCUGGCUCUGUGUGAUAAUUUGGUUACUCUGGAAACAUUGGUGUAUGAAGCCGGUUGUGACUUAACUCUAACCUUGAAAGAACUCCAGCAGAUGAAAGACAUUGAAAAACUGAGAUUACUGAUGAAUAGCUGUCCUGAGGACAAGUACGUGACAAGUGCCUACCAGUGGAUGGUUCCCUUUCUUCACCGUUGUGAGAAACAGUGUCCUGGUGUGGCCAGUGAGCUAUUAAAAGAAUAUUUAGUAACUCUAGCUAAAGGAGACCUAAAAUUUCCCCUGAAGAUAUUUCAGCAUUCCAAGCCUGAUCUGCAGCAAAAAAUUAUUCCUGACCAGGACCAACUGAUGGCAGUAGCUCUAGAGUGCAUCUAUAACUGUGAACGAAAUGACCAACUCUCUCUUUGCUAUGACAUAUUGGAAUGUCUUCCACAAAGAGGAUAUGGUCAUGAGACAGAGGUCACCACAACUCUUCAUGACAUGGUAGACCAAUUGGAACAAAUUCUCAGUGUAUCAGAGCUUUUGGAAAAACAUGGACUGGAGAAACCGAUUUCGUUUGUUAAAAACACUCAGUCUAGCUCAGAGGAGGCUCGCAAGCUGAUGGUUAGAUUGACCAGACACACAGGUCGGAAGCAGCCUCCUGUCAGUGAGUCCCAUUGGAGAACCUUGCUGCAAGACAUGCUAACCAUGCAGCAGAACGUGUACACGUGUCUGGAUUCCGAUGCUUGCUAUGAGAUUUUUACUGAAAGCCUUCUGUGCUCCAGCCGUCUGGAGAAUAUCCACCUGGCUGGGCAGAUGAUGCACUGCAGUGCUGCUUCUGUCAGCCCUGCGGUUGGUGUGGCCCCCAAAGGGAAACCCCAGUACAGGGUCAGUUACCAAAAAAGCAUUGACUUGGUUUUGGCUGCCAGCAGGGAGUACUUCAAUUCUUCGACCAACCUCACCGACAGCUGCAUGGAUUUGGCCAGGUGUUGUUUACAGCUGAUAACAGACAGACCCCCUGCUAUUCAAGAGGAGCUAGAUCUUAUCCAGGCCCUUGGGUGUCUUGAAGAAUUUGGGGUAAAGAUCCUGCCUUUGCAAGUACGACUGCGCUCUAAUCGGAUCAGCCUAAUUAAGGAGUGUAUUUCCCAGUCCCCCACGUGCUACAAACAAUCCAGCAAGCUCUUGAGCCUUGCAGAGUUGCUGAGGGUUGCAGGUGAAGACCCAGAAGAAAGGCGUGGACAGGUUCUCAUCCUUUUAGUAGAGCAAGCCCUUCGUUUCCAUGACUACAAAGCAGCCAAUAUGCAUUGUCAGGAGCUGAUGGCCGCAGGUUAUCGUAAAAGCUGGGAUGUUUGCAGCCAAUUAGGACAGUCAGAAGGUUACCAGGACUUGGCUACCCGCCAAGAGCUCAUGGCUUUUGCUUUGACACACUGCCCUCCUAGCAGCAUUGAACUUCUUUUGGCAGCUGGCAGCUCUCUACAAACAGAAAUUCUUUAUCAAAGAGUAAAUUUCCAGAUCCAUCCUGAAGGAGGGGAAGCUGUCAGUGUUUCGCCGUUAAUGAGUAAAUCACUACAAGAGGAUGAAGCGAGUGUUCCUGACAGCAGUUCAGCUGACCUAUUACACUGGACCACUGCUACCACCAUGAAAGUCCUUUCCAACACCACGACCACCACCAAGGCUAUGCUGCAGGCUGUUAGCGAUGGGCAGUGGUGGAAGAAGUCUCUAGCUUACCUUCGGCCCCUCCAGGGACAAGAAUUUGGUGGUGCCUAUCAAAUUGGAACUGUGGCCAAUGAAGACCUAGAAAAACAAGGGUGUCAUCCUUUUUAUGAGUCAGUCAUCUCCAAUCCCUUUGUCUCUGAGUCCGGAGUGACCUAUGAUGCCUAUCAGCACAUCCCAGAUGAAAGUUUUGCAGAAAUAUUGCUGAGAACUGGUAAAUUGGCAGAGGGGAAAACUGAAGGAGAAGUCUUUCCAACUACAGAAGUUCUGUUACAACUAGCAAGUGAUGCUUUGCCAAAUGACAUGACCUUGGCUCUUGCUUAUCUCCUUGCCUUACCACAGGUGUUAGAUGCUAACAAGUGCUUUGAAAAGCAGUCACACUCGGCUUUGUCACUGCAGCUGGCAGCAUAUUACUACAGCCUGCAGAUCUAUGCCCGAUUGGCUCCGUGUUUCACGGACAAGUGUCAUCCUCUUUACAGGGCUGACCCUAAGGAACUAAUCAAGGUUGUCACCAGUCACGUGACUCAACAUGGACAAGACUCCUGGCCCGAGGACCUUGUUUUGCUGACCAAGCAGUUACACUACUACAAUGAGCGUCUCCUGGAUUUCACUCAGGCUCAGCUGCUUCAGGGCCUGCGGAAGGGUGUUGAUGUGCAGCGGUUCACUGCAGAUGACCAGUAUAAAAGAGAAACUAUCCUUGGUCUGGCAGAAACCCUGGAGGAAAAUGUCUACAGCAUUGCGCUUUCUCUGGCACAACGGUACAGUGUUUCCCACUGGGAAGUUUUUAUGACCCAUUUGGAGUUCCUGUUCACCGAUAGUGGUUUGUCCACAGUAGAAAUUGAAAAGCGAGCCCAAGCCCUUCAUCUCUUUGAGACUUUGAAGACGGAUCCUGAAAGCUUCCACACACACAUGGUCAAAUACAUUUAUCCCACUAUUGGUGGCUUUGAUCACGAAAGACUGCUGUAUUAUUUCACUCUCCUGGAAAAUUAUGGCUGUGCAGAUUUUGGGAAAUCUGCCAUCAAACCAGAAACCCACAUUCGACUCUUGAAGAAAUUUAAGGUAGUUGCUUCAGGCCUCAAUUACAAAAAGCUGACGGAUGAAAAUCUGAGUCCCCUUGAAGCCCUGGAGCCAGUUCUUUCAAGUCAAAACAUCUUAUCUAUUUCCAAACUUGUUCCCAAAAUCCCUGAAAAGGAUGGACGGAUGCUUUCCCCCAGCUCUCUCUACACCAUCUGGUUGCAGAAGUUGUUCUGGACUGGAGACCCUCACCUAAUUAAGCAAGUCCCAGAGUCCUUACCGGAAUGGCUCCAUGCCUGCGACGUCUGCAUGAAGUACUUUGAUCGCCUCCACCCGGCUGACCUCAUUACUGUUGUGGAUGCCAUGACAUUUUCUCCUAAAGCUGUGGCCAAGAUUUUGUUGGCUGGAACAUGGCUCAUCUCAACUGUGAGGGAGUUGAUAAAUACAGUGGAGCAGAUAGAGCACUUGUACUGGGGAAGAACUGCUGUGUGGGUCACCUUCAGAGAGAAGUCAGAACCAUCACUGUACUCUGGAGAGGCAAUACGUGGGAGCAGAGUGCUGGCAGCGCUGGAGCUCUCUGUGGAAGCUCGUAAAGAGAUGACCAUAAAGGCCAUUAAGACAGUCAAACAUUUUAUUGAGAAGCCAAGGAAAAGAAAUGCUGAAGAAGACAUUCAGGAACCUAGUGAUUCCAGAAUUACCUAUGCAGAUACUCUGAACCACCUGGAAAAAUCACUUUCUCACCUGGAAACCCUCAGCAGUAGCUUCAUUGUUUCCAUGAAGAACAGUGAGCAGGAGACACUGCAGAAGUAUAGUAGCCAAUAUGAUCUGUCCCGAUCAGAAAAAGGGAAAAUUCAUGAUCAAGCUGUGACCAUGUGCUUAGACGGUCAGCCUCUGAAAAUGGUUCAGCAGCUUCUGGAGGUGGCUGUUGGCCCUCUUGACAUCUCACCCAAGGAUAUAGUGAAGAGUGCAAUCAUGAAAAUAAUAUCUGCCUUGAGUGGUGGCAGUGCUGACCUUGGAGGGCCCAGGGACCCUCUCCAAGUUCUGGAAGGUGUUGUUGCUGCAGUCCAUGCCAGUGUGGACAACGGGGAGGAGUUGGUCUCACCUGAGGACCUGCUGGAGUGGCUGCGCCCUUUCUGCGCUGACGACAGCUGGCCGGUGCGGCCUCGCAUCCAGGUGCUGCACAUCUUCGGGCAGUCGUUUCACCUGACGGAGGAGGACAGCAAACUCCUCGUGCUCUACAGGACGGAAGCCAUUCUCAAAGCCGCGUGGCCCCAGAGACAGGUAGAUUUAGCUGACAUUGAGAAUGAAGAGAAGCGCUGCUCUCUGUUCUUGGAACUUCUGGAAUCCAGUCACCAUGAAGUUGAAUUUCAGCACUUGGCUUUGCUCUUGCAAGCUUGGCCACCUAUGAAGAGUGAAUCUGUCGUAACCAAUAAUCCCUGGGUGAGGCUUGCCACAGUGAUGCUAACCAGAUGUACAGCAGAGAACAAAGAAGAAUUGGGGAAGGAAGUUCUGAAAAUUUGUCGCUCCUUGUAUGACACCAAGCAUAUGCUGCCUGCAGAGUGUGUGAAGGAGCUGUGCCUGCUGCUGCUGCACCAGUCCCUGCUGCUGCCGUCCCUGAAACUGCUCCUGGAGAGCCGGGAUGAGACCCUGCACGCCGCGGCGCUGGAGCAGAUCACAGCGGUUGCUCAGGUGAAUGAUUCAAACUGUGACCAAGAACUACUUUCCCUGCUCCUGGAUGCCAAACUGAUGGUGAAGUGCAUCUCCACUCCCUUCUAUCCGCACAUCAUUGACCACCUCUUGGCCAGCCUGCAGCAAGGGCGCUGGGACGCAGAGGAGCUGGCCAGACACCUGCAGGAGGCCGGCCAUCAAGCCGAAGCCGGGUCACUGCUUCUGGCCGUGAGGGGGACUCACCCAGCCUUGAGAACUUUCAGCGUGGCCCUCAGUGCCGGACAGCACUGGGUGUGAGCCGCGCAUGCUCCUGGGAGGAAAAGCGCGUCUGGAGCUGAACGCUGCUCCCAGAAGCAACGUGUCUACCUGCUGACUGUUCUCGGUGGUUCCAGCAAACUGCAAUAAAGCUGUACGUAAAUGA